CAGCUUCCGGGUCCUCACGACUUGACCGCUCCUUCUCCUCUUCUUUUUUUUUUAAACCGUGUCCCAGUCUAGUGGGUGGUGGCGGCGGAAUGAGCGGCGUGCGGCACUGAUGUCAACACACACCGAGAACGCUAUAAAGAAUGAUCACCACCGAGGCGGCGAAGGAGUUCCAGGCCAAAGAGCGCAAAUACAAGGAGCAGCUGAGGAGAUGUUUGUCCUCCGCGUUGUCUGCAGACCUGAACAGGUUGCUGCAGGAGGAGCUGGAAGCUGAUGUGUCUCUGUACGCCGCCUCAGGCUCGGGCUCACUCCGAGCACACAGAGCCUUGCUGUUGGCCCGAGCUCCUCAUGUCCUCCAGGGAAAGAUGCACAACGAUCCCACCGUCGUUCAUCUGUCGGGCUAUGAGCUGUCCGGGCUCAAAGACUUCCUCAGGCGGGUGUACACGGCAGACCAAAGCAUGCGCUCAGCCGAAACAACUCCAGACGUGGAGUCUGAGAGAACUAUGUGUGUUCCCGACACCUCCGUUCUUCACAGUUCCACAGACUUGGAUGCUGAUGUUCCUGAGACGGCCUCUGGCCUCGGGGCUGACUUGUUGGAUCUGUACCAGAGGAGGGAGCAGUGUGACAUCACCAUCCAAGUAGCGGAGCAGGUUUUCUCGUGCCACAGGGCAGUGCUGUGUGCACGUUCGCAGUACUUCCGAGCCAUGCUGAGCGGGAGUUGGAUGGAGAGCUCCAGACAGUGCAUCACCCUGCAAGGCUUAGGGCCAGAUGAGAUGGAGAUUUUGCUCCAGUACAUAUAUGGUGCCAUUGUGGAUCUUCCGCCUGGAGCUAGCGCCAGUCAGGUGGUGCUGGCAGCGGACAUGUUGGGUUUGGAGGGGCUGAAAGACGUAGUGGAGAUGGUUCUGACCCGAGACUACUGCCGCUUCUUCCCCAAGCCGAUUGAUGGACUUCAGAGAACAGUUCUGGAGUGCCUGUCCCUAACACACGCCUUAGGCCUUCAAAGCCUACACACGCUGUGUAAGAGGUGGGUUGCUGACCAUUUUGUGAAGACCUGGUGUGAGAGAAACUUCUCGCUCCUGUCCCCUGAGCUCCACAGGGUCUGUCUCAACGCUGUCGCUGAAACCAUGACUGUGCAGAAUGCCGUGACCAUGCUCUGUGGCACCGAGCAGUUGAUUGCCAGUCUCCCGGAAGUCAAGUGGGCUCAACAGGUGAGGACUCUGGCAAUGGAGUUACAGGAAGAGAGCCUGCAGCUCAUUGUCCUGCACUUUCCCCAAGUCACGCAAACCCAAGCCUUCCACGACCUUCGCAGGAGGGAAGAGUUUACCCGAGAACCCGCGUUGUUGAAGAAGCUGUGUUCGGCCAUCAGGGAAGGUGUGACCGUGGAGAACUGCUGUGACCUUUUCACCGCUGUGAACUGUCUGUGUGGGAACGACAUGGAGGACGACGCUCUCCUCGAGCAGAGACAGCGACAACAAGAGGAGUGCACCCCUUUCCAUUCUUCUCCUCCCCCCCCCUCUCUCUCUUCCCCUCCUCUGUAUUUCCACCAGCCGUUCAGGCGAGAGAUUUGUACGCUGCGAGGUCGCCUGUGGACCUUCCUGCUCCAGACCUUUUACGCAGUCCGCCACACGCAGGGAUGGGAGAGUCUGUCGUCCAAACACAGAGAGAGGAUACUGGCAGAUGCUAUUGAUAAAGGGGACAAUAGAAGACUUGGUAAAAAGCCAGUAUUCACUAGCUCACAGCAAAGGGCUGUAAAAUGUUCUUCGCCUGCACCUGAGAGUCCUCCUCUGCAAAGGACCCAAAGAGUGUCUGACUAUAAAACGGCUUCUUCCCGUGGUGCUGCAUCAGCCAUGAAGUCCGAUGGACUAGGGACAGCGAACAAACCCGGAGAUGGUCACACAUCCAAGGCGAAGAACGCGAAGAAGCCUGGAGAUCGGAGCGUAGCAGCGAAAGCAAAGACCGCAUCGGCUGGCGCGCCGGUGGUCAAUGGCACCGGAGUCGCGGGGGCCAGACGAGAUCCAGCGAGCGCCAAUGGCCCCAGAAGCUCUCACGGGGCUAAGGAGCAAGAAAAGAAGCCAAACCCGGGUGCGAGGCCGAAAACCUCUCCACCCAGCUGCACGUCAACAAGUCAGAUGGCGGUAAAGUCUCAGAGGAGCUCAGCAGGAAAGGCUGACAGCACUGCUGGCACCGCCCAGGCUCAGCCCCUCGCCUCAUCCACAUCAGGCAGCACCUCACCAGAGAACGGUGCAAGUAGCCCUCGCAACGACGCCCACUCCGUUCCAGGUGCGAAGCCCAAACACCAGGCUAAGGCAGUGACCAAAUCCCCGCUGACAAAACCUAUUCAGAAAUCAGACACAACAAAAAGUCCCACCAAGAAGUCAAGUGUGAGAGAGAGUGGCAAAGUCAAGACUGGUGCAACUGAGAAAGCGUCUACUGCAGUGACCGCAGCGAGAAUGGACAGCAAGGGAAGAAGCACACCGGACCAUCUUGUGUCCAAGCACGGAUCAUCCACAAAGAAGCCAGCUUCACCCAGAAGAGAAGACAGUAAGGACGGGUCCAGAUCCUCAGUGGCGCACAAAACAGCCAGUGAAACUCCUAAAAAGAAGGUCACGAAACCCGUUUCGGAUACCGGAGCCUCGACCAAAUCCAGUACGAAACCAGCCAAAGCUUGUCCGGCCCCCUCCAAGCAAUCUUCAGCUGCAGCUGCCAAGUGCGGACCGAAGCUGAAAAGCACUUCUGAAUUUUCCACAGAGAAAGGUUCACCAAAAUCUGCAGGAUCUUCCAAAACCAAGAAAUUGGGACUUAAAGGAAAAGAUGCGGUGAAUGGAAAAACUUCAGACUGUAAAACUGAUCUUGGUCCAAAUGAAAACACUGGUCAUGUAGAACUUGCCUCUGACCAGCCAGCAGCACACAGUACGCAGUCAAUGAACCAGAGUGGAGGGGAUUCACUCAGCCUUCAGCUGGACUCGAGCCCCAUGCAGAGUCUCCAGAAGAUGGAAAUACAGGAGACAGGAAAGAGUAAUGGUGGAGAUGAGACCAGUGUUACAUCAGCAGCAAACAGCCUCCCCCAUACGAAAUCUGCUGUUGAGGGUACUAAAGUGAAACAGUCUCAAAGCAGUUUUGUCCCAGCUCACAUUGGCGAGGUAAGCUCCCCAAAUUCCCAGCGAGACACUGAACCCCCCAUGGACACCCCCUGCACCGUGGGAGGCACUCACACCCCCUUAGAGGACUCGUGGAGCGGCAUCCACCCUCAGGUCAGUCCAGAGUCGGAGACUGGCAGCACACACACCACAUCCUCUGACGACAUCAAGCCCCGCUCGGAGGAUUACGACGCAGGCGGCUCGCAAGACGACGACUGCUCCAACGACCGCGGGGUCUCCAAGUGUGGCACCAUGCGCUGUCAUGACUUCCUGGGACGCAGCAGCAGCGACACGAGCACCCCGGAAGAGUUGAAGAUGUGCGAAGGCGGUGCCGGGUUGAGAGUGGAGGUGCGGCUGCGCGGCAGAGAGGUGGAGACUACCAGCGAGGAGGAAGGGCUACGAAGUCGCCCUCGUUCCUGGUUGCAAAGAGAUGAGGUCCACGUAGAGGAGGAGCACUCUGAGGUCGAGGCCACCAUGACUGUUAAAAGUGUCCCCGACCACCAGCUCUUUUCUUCCUCUGACGAGGAGGAAGAGGAGACAGAGGACGAGAGGUCAGAGGUCGAAGUGAUUCCAGGCCAGACUCCACUGCCACCGACCGAGCCAUCACCACAGUUUCAGGGGAUCGUCAACCUGGCGUUCGAUGACGACGGCGUGGACCAGGAGAACGACCAGCCCGACUACCAGUCCUCUUCUAACUUCCGUCGGUCGGUGCUGCUCUCCGUCGACGAGUGCGAGGAGCUGGGCUCAGAGGAGGGCGGCGUCCAAACUCCACCUCAGCAGCCCGAAGAUGUCGUGACUCCCUGUGACGUUUUCGAGUCUGACUCUACGGCUUUUCAAUCCAAAGGUGCCCCUCCCAGUGGCCAACAGAACCACGCAGACACGAAGGACGAGGAACAAGAAGAAAAAUCCUCCGUGUUUCUUACAGAGCUCCAUGAGCCCGUGCAAGGGGAGAGUAAUCACAUCCCAGUGGAUGGAGUGAAGUCCAGCGUCCCCACCGUGGGCACCGACACCAGAGACCUUCCGCCCCAGGAGCGCCCGUGCCACCUGGACCUGCGGCACACUGAACAAUACAAUGGAGGGCAGCUCAAAAAUCCCACCAAUCCCACCGAAAGCAGGAAAACUGAGUUGCAUCUAGACUUAAAUGAGCCUCAGCUGACAGGGGACUCUCCUGUACAUGCUGCACAAUCUCCAGCAGAUUUCCCAGAAAUCCCGGCACUUCUCGUCUCAGAGGAUGCUGAUACAGUACGUCUCUUCUUUCUUGCCUCUACCUGCUUUUUCUUUUGCGUCAUUGUAAAAAAGAUGAAUAUGUUUGGUGUUUUUGUCACCACACCACUGCCACUUUUGAGAAACACAAUCUUCUGGCUCCAUGAGCUUUUGUACCAUAAAGCAAAAGAAACCAUCUUGACUUUGGAGUCCAGUGUUAAAUGCAGUGUAGCGUCACUGGACGAUAUGUCUUUGUUUACAGCAAUUAACAUCUCAAAUCAGAUAUUUUUCAAAUGGCUUUGUUAAAAUGCUCUAUGUAGCGCCUUUUUAAAAUAGGUUUUAGGUAAAUUGCAACCAAGUAACAAUUUUAUCAAAUGUCUGGAAAGUGAUUGAAUAGAAAAUGUUCAUACAAGAUAGACUCCACUAAACUACCACUUCUUCUCACAAGUGUGUUAUACUUGGAAACUUUCCCCUUGCAUCUCCCUGCUGUUUUUUCUGUUUCUACUGUUCCUGAGUUUUUUGUUUAGUUAAUAUUUCAUUUUGCACAGCACACAUGCAUGUUCUAUUGAAAUUAUUUUGUCAUCCCCAAUGCCAUCCAUUCUUUUUUUUUCUUUAACUUUUGUCAUACCCAACAGAUUAUCUUAGAUACAAAGUCCACUUAAAGAAAAAUGUGUGGUUGUCUAUGAGCUUCUGUUCAGUGAGCUUUGUGUAGUGUCAGUAGCCUCCUGUGUACAGUUUGUGACGUGUCUCGAGAGCAGCUGUCACGGUCCUGCCAUGUCUCUCUUUUUUCACUGAAAGAACUCCCGCUGAACCAUUGCUGAGAGUCUAUCCCAAUGCAAACAUGUCGACGAUUUUGAUUUCAGCAUCAAACGGUGAUUAGUCACUUCAUCCAUUGCCAUUUUGAACCUAGAAUACUCAAAGAAUGUCAAAUAAAAACCUGGUGCUUGUGCAAUCUCUCGUGCUUCUAACUAAAGCGCUGUCGGCUGCAUUUCAGUUUUCUGACAGUAGCCAGUCUGUUCAUUUAGGUGUGUCCAUUCACAGACCUGCACAAAACUCAAAAAAAAAAAAAUAUAUCACUGUUACUAAAUAACAACUGCAAAGUUCAUCGGGGCUGGCAAUGCAUGGCUUGCUUUGUUUUACCUGGUGGAUAAAAGAGAUGCAUUCUGAAAAAGCAUUCCUCUGUGCAUUACCUUUAAGGCAACUGAACACAUUUGAAGUGGUUGGUGAAUUUUUAAUUCUUUACGGUGACGUUAUUGCUGUUGAACUGAUCGUAACGUGACCUAUUCCCUGUUUUUUUCCUACUGUGCUGUCCUCACCUGACUUCACUGUGGAAAAUAUAUUUUGAAGGACACAGUUGCAUUAAGGGUAAACUUUCAGUAAUCCGUGUUUUAUUGUAGUAGGCAGUGACUAGUCUCUGACAUGACAUGACAUGAAAUGAAAAAAGAAAAGAACUGUGGAGGAGUGAACUAGUUUGUCACUUUGCCAAUUGCUUUUAGGGGACAAUGGUUGUGACAGAUUGGAUCAAAGCUGCAAACAUGAGCGCCGGCCAUCCAAAGCCCUCUCUCCCAUUUUCGAGCUGGAUGUUGGAGAAGCCUUAGAGUGCUGCUCGGA